CAUUAUAGGAACAGACUUAGAGAAAUAAUCAUUUGUAACGUAAGAACGUGCAUAGAAACUUUUAAAAACUGUAAGUCAAAAUGUGGGGGAAAAAAUCACCAGAAGCUACAAGCUAGCUCACGAAAACAUAUUUUUUGUAUAUAAAUAAAUAAAUACAUUUGAGAAAAUACAAUAAACGAAGAGCCAAAACUUAAGCUCAACAAAACCGUCACUUUAAACAAAACAUAUUAAACUGGCAGAAGAUUAUUUCAAAUACAAGAUUAAUUAGAAAAAAAAAUCUCAAUCAACAAAAUCUCCGCAAAUGAAUGGCCUACAGUUUCUUAGCACAUUAGCCUCUCGUCAAUAACCGUCAAUAAACGUCCCUGAAAUAUGUAUGAUUAUAUAUUUAAAUUAACAAAAAAGGUUUCCGCUACAAUAUAUUUACCUAUUUUAAAAGUUUAAUCUGUGGACAAUUCAUUUAAAAAAAAAAAACGUAAGUCACGCAACCGGUCUAUACGUCCGGUGAUUGGUCCCUGAAACGAUCAGCAAGUCUGGACAGCUUUUAAACUCCAACUACAUAAAAAAUUCAACAAAUAAAUAAAUAAAUAAACCAUGGAACUGUUUUUCUGUCCCCAUAUUUGAACACACGUGAGACAAACCCACACGUCACAUAUCGACCAAUGAAAUAAAUAAUCUACAUAAAAACAAACAAACAAUGCGAUACAAUCUGUUUGAAUCUGUUAAAUAACAAAGUUUUUUAAUCGGAAUAAUUCAUUUGUUACAGUACGAAGCAUUUAGAUGUUAGAUUAUAGAUUUUUUUCUUCAGAUUUUUAGAAAGAGAGAGAGGUAGAGAGAGGUAGAGAGAGAGGGAGAGGGUGGGGGUGUGAGGGAGACCAAUCAGAGAUGUGUGAAUUUGCAUGUGCAGUUUGUGCUGCUCCUUUAAGACUUGUGCCCUCCGCAUCCUUUUAUUUUUUUUUCUUCUUCCCAGCCUCACACAAGGAGCUCUUUAAGCCCGGGCACGGUCACACAGAGCAGGCAUUCAUACUCUGGCAGCGCAGGAGAGGGGGCUGGGGUUCGAGCGUCACUUUGGAAACUCGGGAACUCACGGAUUGUCGCAACUAAACCGGAGAGAGAGAGAGAGCUCCUCUACUCAGUACUGAAGUCUUCACAGCUGGAUUUGAACCUCACACUAGGAGGACAGGAGGAGAGAGGAGAAGUCGGGAGGGGAGUGAGUGUGGGUGAGUUUGGAGUAGAGGUUUGUGCAUCAGCAGGUAAACUGGGGUCCAAGGUGCGCACUGAGCCGCCUAUGAUACCAACCACACGGAUGGAAAGAACUUUAAUGUGGAACCCUCACAGAGUUUUGCAACGGAGGCUGAGAGUAGAGACAGACUGGCAGUUUAUAUUAUAAGGAACCAGCCGUAGACGUAGAUUAGAGAGAGGCAGAGCGGUCCGCUGAGGGUGAAGGCUGAAGGGAUUUAGAGCAGCAGGGAACCAGCAGGUUUAGAUCUCAGUAUUCAGGAACAGGAACAUCAGCUGCGCACGUGGAGGUUUGUGUAGGACGAUGUCCAGAGAGGAGCAGAGUCUGUCUGAGGUGGAGCUCAGCCCCGGCAUGUCGGACGACAGCCGCUCCAUGUCUCCGGGUCAGUCCUCCUCCGGGGCGACGGGCGGAGGAGACUCGCCCCUCCACGGGCAUCAGCAGGUGCGGCUGGCGGCUCUGGACGACGCUUCCGCGCAGUGCUCUUCCGCCCGAUCCGACGACGAGGACGAGCGUUUCCCCGCGGGGAUCCGGGAAGCAGUGAGUCAGGUGCUCGACUGCUACGACUGGACCCUGGUGCCCAUGCCCGUGCGUGUCAACAGCGGAGGGAAGUCCAAGCCGCACGUGAAGAGACCCAUGAACGCCUUCAUGGUUUGGGCGCAGGCGGCGCGCAGGAAGCUGGCGGAUCAGCACCCGCACCUGCACAACGCUGAGCUGAGCAAGACCCUGGGGAAGCUGUGGAGACUUCUCAAUGAAAGAGACAAGCGACCCUUCAUCGAGGAGGCAGAGAGGCUGAGGAAGCAACACAAGAAGGACUACCCAGACUACAAGUACCAGCCACGCCGGCGUAAGAACGGGAAGAUUGGUUCUGGGUCAGGAAGUGAGGCCGACGGCAAUUCCGAGGGUGAGGUCAGCCACAGCCAGCCCCGCUACAAGGGCCUUCAACUGGAUAUGGCCCGCAGUGAGGGAGCCGGGUCCCCUCUGGCAGAUGGGCGCCACCCUCAUGCUGCAGGUCACAGUCCUCCAACACCUCCGACGACUCCUAAGACGGAGCCUCAGUCUGGAAAGGCAGGGGAUGGAAAGAGAGACGGGGGAGGAAACGUGGGCUCCCGGGGGAACGCUGGACUGGAGGGAAGCUCAAGUGCCGCAGGAGCUGGGAAACCACACAUUGACUUUGGUAAUGUGGACAUUGGUGAGAUCAGCCACGAGGUGAUGGCCAACAUGGAGUCAUUUGACGUCAAUGAGUUUGACCAGUACCUCCCCCCAAACGGCCACCCAGGGGUCGGACAGAGCACUGCAGGUGGUGCGGCCGCACCAUCACCAGCAUCGCCCUACUCCUACGGCAUCUCCUCAGCUCUGGCAGCAGCCAGUGGACACUCAGCAGCCUGGUUGUCCAAGCAGCAUCAGCAGCUCCCCCCACAACACCACAGCUCCCCUCUGGGCUCAGACCCCUCCAAGGCCCACAUCAAGAGUGAGAGCGGAAGCGCAGGGGGUCACUUUGCAGAAGCGGUCUCAGCAGGUUCCCACGUCACUUACGCCCCCCUGACCCUUCCUCACUACAGCUCUGCUUUCCCCUCUCUGGCCUCCAGGGCGCAGUUUGCUGAAUACGUCGACCACCAGGGCUCUGGGUCGUACUACGCCCACUCCAGCCAGGCUUCAGGGCUGUAUUCAGCCUUCUCCUACAUGGGCCCUUCCCAGAGGCCCCUGUACACGCCCAUCUCUGACCCCGCUAGUGCACCGCAGUCGCACAGCCCCACACAGUGGGAUCAGCCCGUCUACACAACACUGUCGCGGCCAUGACAGAUAACAAGACCGGAGGGCACUGGUGCAGGUUCAGCCCCCAUGUCAGACCAGAGGAGCAGCAGCCGUGACAACAACAAAGAUGUCAGUAUCAAAGCUCAAAGUGGUCUGAGCUGUGGGGAGUGGGCCGGCACCGGUGGAGGAGGCUGGGGAGGCAGGAGGACAGAACUCCCUCCGUCAGUUCCCAGAGGUACAAAUGCUGCCACGGCCCAAGUAGGAGCUUGGAGCGUGGAGCCCCCCAGGCGUGGUGCGUUAUCAGGGGGCGCUCAGGGUGGAAAUCAAAGUGUGUAACUUUUUCUUGAAGUCAAGAAAAAUCUCUCAACACUGAAGCAUUUCAGGUUUCACUCUCAAGAAAUGAGACUGGAACCUUCGACAACAUCAUUACGAGUGUCAUAGAAACUGAAAGACCACGUGUUCGAGGUCACAUUCCAAUCAAAGGUGGGGUCUUCCUGUGGAUGUCUUCCCUUGAAGAUCCCAAGCAGAGAUGAUCAAUGUCCUAUUAGAAGAAGGUCAGAGGUCAAUCAUUCAAAUUGAUUUUUAGAAGAACAGACACUGAUCUGUGGCCCAUCUCCAGCACUUAUGAGCAGAAAUCUGCUUCCUUUUUACCAGAACAAGUCUGCAGCGAAGUCAGUGUGUCAACCAAGAGUAGUCUACCAACAGAACUGCCCCACAUAGGGGUCAUUUUGGGGUAAUACCCCGACAACACAUCACCAAGAAAACCUCAUUGUUGGCCCACAUUUCUCCAAUGAUAUACGGGCCGCGUUAUAGGGUCACAUUCAUUUAUUGUGGGCCAGAUGAAAGUCAAAGCAGCGUCAUGUCAUUUCCUUGUCUGUGUACUAUCAGGUCGGUGCCAAAUCCUUCGUCUGUAGCCCAUGUCUACGGCGACAGCCAACACAAAUACUCAAAUUAUUCUGUUAACGCCCAAGAUUAAUGUUGGAUUAGUGCCGUGUCUGAACACCUGGAGAACAUGUUAAUUUUUGCUUUUUUUUAAUUGUAUAUGAGGUCAGAAAUAUCAAAGUAAUUAGCGUACCAGUUAUUCAAAAUACAUGUAAAAUACUUGUAAAUUGACCAAAGGUUUGAGACCAAAACUCUACGUAGAAGAAACAGAUACGGUUUCCUGUAGACGUUUCUCCCAACGAUACACUUCAACUACCUUGUGUGACAGUAGUUACUGUAUGAAGUUUUUAUCCAGCUUUGAGUUUUACUAAAUCUGACUGAUGUCACUUCACGUCCUGUUGUGUAUUCAGGUGACCAUCACAUCAUGGUAAAAAACAUCACCAUGUUUACAACGUCAAGAUUCAUGUGCUUUUAAUAUUUGUAUCAAGUGCUUUCAGCCAUAUUUAUCUCCACUGCACAGCUGCCUCACUGCAAUUUCCUACCGCACAGAAACGCCACAUCCUUUAUUAUUAACUCCUAUCCUAAAUAUAAACAUGUUAUUUUUUACAUUUGUCAAUGUGAGCGCUGCCAAUACUGAGCAUCAGUACCAUCCGGUACUGUUCACUAAACAGUACUAGUGUCCGAAAUUGUGCCUUGUAAUCGAUGCAAAACAUUUCCAGAAAAGUUGGUAGACUUUAAAAAAAAAAAAAUGCUAUGAAACCUGAACAACUGAAGGAAACUUUUUAUAUUCAUAGGAAAAAAUACGUCCCCUUUCUCUUUUGUAGACUUUUGAAUCAUAUAGGAUUAUGAUUUGUUCUGCAGCUCACUGUAGUCAUUUAAAAAAAAAAAAUAACGACAUGCUUCGAUUUUAAAGUGAAGACCUGGACUGCAGGCCGGUCAGUCAGACACGUUCACUCUGUGUCAGCUCAGCCCUGGUUUUCUAAUUUGAGCAGAAGAAAGAUGUCACCUUCAAACUGCAAAUUCAUUUUCCUUUUUAAUUUAUUUUCCAAGAUUUUACACCUGAUGUCUGAACACAACUGUGUGCGAUUUUCUAGGUCAAGUAAAAAGUUUUAUUUCCUCUGUUUUUGUGUGAGAUGUUCCAUGGACAUGGAUUUAAUCGAUAGACGAGCAGCAGAUUCAGUUUGUCGGUCAUUUCUCCUUCAGCACAAGUUGUAAUUUAUCUGUAUCUUUUUGCAUUUAACAACUGUUUUGUUGCUUGGGAUUUUCCGUUUCAUAUUUAUGUUAGCUCUGUGUUUGUUUGCCGGCCAUGUUGAAGACAACGUUCGCCUGCCGCUGCCAUUUGAGUAUUUAAUCUCUUCUAUAACCAGCACAGCGCCACAGCUUCUGAAUAACAGCACGGCCUCGGGGCCGAACAUGUGAUGAUGACUAAUGACCUUUUACUAUCACUUGAAAUAAAGCUUUUUAUCUCCUCACUGA